AUGAGAAGACAUGCACAAAAAUCCAUCUUCUUCUUCUUCUUCUUCUUCUUCUUCUUCUUCUUCUGCUUCAUGCUCCUCCCUUCCUCCCAACUCUCCUCCGCAAAGAAGGUGAUCGAACCGUGCAGCACCGGCAAUUCCUGCCCCGCCCUCCUAGCCUACCGCCUCCCCUGGGCCUCCAAGCUCUCCGACGUCGCUUCCCGCUUCCAGCUCAAUCUCUCCUCCCUCCUCGCCUCCAACAACUUCAAUCCAACAAACCUUCCGCUGCGAAACUACCAAAUUAUUCCCGCCAAAACCCUAAUCAAAGUCCCAAUCUCGUGCCCUUGCGUGGAUGGUAUCCACCGCUCAGUCUCAAUUGUGUAUGACGUCCACACCGCCGACACGCUGGAUUUGAUUUCGGAGGGAUUCGGCCGGCUGGUGUCGGUGGAUCAAAUUCGAAGUGCUAAUGGUAUUGGUGAGUGA